AUGGCCCAGGUCCACCAGCGCACUGUAUUCCACAGGAAUACGAGUAACGUGGAACUACAGCAGGAAGGUGAUCGCAUUCUUGGAAUCAAAACCCCUAUUUUAUCAAUUGGUCAAAUGAGCGAUCACAAGAAAUCCCUACGUUCUCAUUCAGACACCAUUCACGAACAAGAGUGCAAUCAGGAAUCCAGCUCAAAGGCACGAGACAAGGAGAUCAAACCGAAAUACGCGACGGCAGAGGAAGACGUGAUGAAGACCUCCAGCUCGAGCCGCGAUACUGGCAAAACUCUGCCAACAGGUGAUGAUUGCGGCGCGUCAGGAUUGGGCUAA